AUGCUACAUCAGAUCGAAGUUCACGAAAAGGAAACUCACGAACACCAAGAGUUCGGCCUUGACGAUACGGAAUGGAAAUCUCAAAUCACAGAACGCGUCCGCCAGCUUGAGAAUACGGUAUCCAUGCUCCUUCAGGAAAACAGGCGACUUGAACUAGCAAGACUUCCGCCGCAGGCUCAGAAUACGGCUGCGUUAGGUUUACCAUCUACCGUGGUUGUUCCAGAUUCCAUGCAUACUGCUGAGUCUGAUGUUGGUCCAACCAAUCCCGGUGCAAGCCGUCGCUCUUCAGACCGAGAUGAUGACGAAUCUAGUCUGGUACCAGCACCUAUGAACAACCUCUAUGAUCUGGCCAAAGUGUCCAGCACCGAUCGGAGUGCCCCAACUACAUACACGGACACCGGCCCUUCGGAUGAUCUUAUUUCACAAGGCAUUCUUUCUGAGGCACAGGCGCGCCAACUCUUCCACAAAUAUAUGAACUUGCAAAAUCAGUUGCUCUGGGGCGGUGUCAUCUUUCCCUACUCAACACUCGAGUCGAUGCGCGAGGCUUCAGUACUACUCUCCACGUCUAUCUUGACCGUCGCUGUGCUACAUACACCAGGGCAAGGAGAGACGCUACAAAGAUGCUACAACGCUUUCAUUGCUCUAAUUAGCAACUCUAGCAUUAUAAGACAUCAUAAUAUGCAUGACGUGAGGGGCCUGUGUCUGGGCGCGUUCCACCUCCCGAAUCUAAGCUGGAGGCUGUCAGGGCAGGCUGCUAGGAUAGCUGCCGAGAUGAACAUACACCAGUCCUUCUACAAGGUGCGCAAUGGUGACCUUCGCCACGCCGAGCGUGUGAGGAUGUGGUACGCCUUGUACAUUUGCAACCAUCAAGUCAGCAUUGCGUUUGGAAGACCUUCAGCGAUGCAAGACGAUGAUGCGGUCAAGGGCGCUGACCUGUUUCUUGAUGGACCACAUCCCUAUGCACUGCCUGGCGACACGCGCCUCAUAGCGCAUGUAUCACUGUACAGAAUCAUCCACCUCGCAUCUUCUGAGUUCGGUAGUGAUCCGAACGCCAUGAUAGACGAAGCGCGCUUGGGUCGCCUGCGCUCUGUCAAUAUCGCCAUCGACCAGUGGCGGUCUAAAUGGGAGCCCAGGCUAGAACAAUCCGAUCGUAUUGGUUCAUAUCCCUUGCAAUCGCUCGUGUUAUAUUAUCACUUCGCCCGAUUCCAUCUGAAUUCACUCGCCUUCAGAGGUUUGCGUUGGCCGAGCUAUCAGACUCUGGGCUCGAACCGGCGAGAAGCUGCUAUGGCCACUAUAUCGGCCGCAAUGAACACUCUGGUCCAUGUUUCUGCUGAGGCUGAUAUAAGGAAAGCCCUUCGUGGAGUGCCUCUGUUUACGCACACAAUGGUAGCAUUCUGCGCCACCUUCCUGUUGAAGAUGGCUUCUAUGUGGCACCGUGGGGACGACAUUGUUUCUUCCACUUUGAGCUUGGGCUUCAACGUCAGAGAGGUUUUUGCACUCGUCGGACGUUCCGCGGACCUUCUUGCCGAGGUGGGGAGUGAUCUGAGUGAGAAGCAUGUGGCAAAACAUAUUGUUGCUGGCAUUCGACGACUUUUACAGCGGGUUGAAAAAGAGGCCAGCUUCGGCCAUCACCAGGACCUGGAAUCUCAGGAUGUCAAUUACCACGGGGAUGCAUCCUACGAUAGCAUUGCAGUUGAUUUUGCAGCGCAGCAGGUCGGAGUCAGAGCAAACGAGUUGAUAUAUAAUAUGGACGUGGAUAGUUUGGCUGCUUUGUUGGAGUUCGGGGGUGGGGAGACGUUCCUGGCGUCGUUGACACAGGAAUCGGAUACUGCUAGCAUGAUUUGA